GGUUGGAACUCUUAAAACAGCUCAAGUUGCUUCUUCUUUUUCUGUUUGGCUUUCUGUACUUCCUUGGCCCAGAAAUGGACUCAAUGAAGCUGCUGGUCGGAGUGUUUGGGACUCUAGUGCUGAAAAUGGUGACAGAUGUGACCCUGGUGGGAUCUCAUGCUGACGUGCGGAACUGCAAGUUCCCGGCUAUGUACAACUUUGGGGACUCUAAUUCUGAUACUGGAGGAAUAUCUGCAGCUCUAGGAGAGAUCCCUCCACCGAAUGGAGAAACCUUCUUCGGGCAUCCUUCAGGAAGAUCUUGUGAUGGCCGUCUCAUCAUAGAUUUCAUUGCUGAGAGACUGAAGUUGCCAUAUCUUAGCGCAUACCUGGACUCAGUCGGUACAGACUUCAGACAUGGUGCGAAUUUUGCAACCGGAGGCUCAUCGAUUCGUCCAGGUGGCUAUAGUCCAUUUCAUUUGGGUGUGCAGAUUUCUCAGUUCAAGCAAUUCAAAGCUCGGACGAACAGACUUCGUAACCAGAGGAAUCUUCCAAGGGCAAUGGAAUUCUCAAAAGCUCUCUAUACAUUCGACAUUGGACAGAAUGACCUCGCCUAUGGCUUCCAACACUCUUCAGAGGAAGAUGUCUGGAAGUCGAUACCAGAUAUUCUCAGCCAGUUUGCAGAGGCAGUUAAGUGGAAGGGGGUCUUAGUUCUUCGCCAAAGCAGCUACUCACAACUGGCUGGUUGCUGCUGCUGCCGCUUCGCCUACGUCGAAUCAACGCCCAGCUCCUCCUGCACCCAGUCGAAUCAGCAUAUCCAUGCUCUCCGUACGCAUGCCCCCGGUCGGCUUUACCGGAAAAUCUGCAGCGGUCACUUUUUCCCCUUUCUUCCUUUCGCCAUGCCUCUCCCGGACACGCCGCUGUACCACAGCACCACUCACCAGCCCACUCUAAUCCUGCUCAACACGCCACCGCCCAUUCAUUGCAACUCCUUUCCCUGUUCCCUUUGAUUAAUGGAAGAGGCCCGCUUCCCUCCAAUUCAUCUCUUCGCUUGCUUUUUUCUCUAUUCCCACUUCGCCCUUUCGGUUCUUCGCCUAAUCCUCUUCCGACUUCGCAUCUUCUGCCUAACUCGCUCCGAUGAAUCACGUCGUCCUCUCCUAACUCAGAUGGAAGGACAAAGCUCCCGUCCUCAAAUUGCCCCUCCUCCAUAUAUGGAUGCCUACCUCUGGCGGCCCCAUGGAUUGUCCGAAUGCGCGACGUUUUUGACAGAUUAAUUGGUGAGUUCUGUCAAUCCUUGCUUGCUUCUCCUCUAUGAGUUUGCCUCUCCUUUCUUAUUGGGUAUUGCGAUCGAACCAAAGCCCAGUUGGAUCUUUGAGUCUCUGUUGUUGCCUUGUUGGAGUUCAAUUCUCUCCAGAAUUCCCAGUACCCUUCACUAAAAAUCAAUCUAGGUACUCAGUCUUCUUCCAGGCAGUUCAUAAUAAAUAAUAGGAAACUUGAUUCCUGCCAUUUGGAUCAGUUUUGGUGGUUAGCUUUGAGGGAUUUUUGGUAUUUUUUCCCGAGGGGAUAUUCGAAUCUAAACCAUGUCAUGUUACUGUAAUUUCAUAUUCAUGCAGGUAAUUGUAGCCACCAAACAAUGGAGGAAAUGGCUUUGUUGACUUACAAUCGGGGUCUUAAGCUCUCUUCCCCUGGUAAUAAUUCUUCUUCACCAACAUUCUAAACUACAUUAAACUAACUGCUAUGCUGCUGCUUCAAUACCAUAUCAGAAAGGUUGUUUACAUAUCUGGAGUAGGGAGGUAGUUUGUUUAUGUGAACCCAAUUGUUCCUUUCAAACUCAGUUUAAAUUUUGCCAUAUAUAUGUUCUUUCGGCAAAUUUGCUAGCUGCAGAUAGGUUUUGUUUUAUUUUGUGCUCUGCUUAAUUCAGUUGAAGUUUUGACGUAGAUUUUCUUAUAAGUUAUAACUUUCAGUUGGUUUAGUGUAGGUGGUGGUCAAUGAUGUUGUAACAGUUGCCGGAAUGAUGUUGUGGCAGGGGAUGAUGUGUCAGGAAACUAUUUAAUUGUUAGCACAAAAGAAUUGCUACCAAGGGCUCAAACAUGGUACUUGCUUUCACAUUCAUGUUUAGAUAGCUGUGUGUUUAUGGGUGGAAUCCUUCUCUUCCAAGUUUUUCUUAUUUUUCCAGUGCUGCUGCAUUUUCUUGGCUGCUGCCAUAAUGCUGCUUCUGCAGUGUUAUUAUGUUGCUAUUGCUGCUGCUGUAUUAUAAAAUUAUGUUGUGUGAUUAUUGAUUUGACCGUCAAUGUGAAUCUCAGGAGGAUGCAAUUGCAGUGGUUAAUUUGGAAAGCAAUCUCCUGGCGAUCCAAUGCGGUGCUUCUAUGACUCAACAUGCGACUUUCUAUGUAAUUUCCUCCCUUUUCGCAGGUACUUCUAACUAGAAACCUGUAAUUUUUAUAAUUGGUGCAUAUUAGUCAUAAGGAAUUUGAAACUUGAAAGAGGUUUGAAAAAGGAAUUAUAUUUUCGUAGCUGUAGCCUUGCGCGUGGUUUUUUCAUUGGUAUUUAUAGUAAGAUACUGUAAACAAAGAAAUUAACGAACAAUGUAUAA